GGUCUACCAGCUAGAGCUUGUACUGACUUCCCUCUCGAAGACAAUGAAUUACACCGCCUGUCCUCGUGUCAGCUUUCCCUUUGCACACAGAUUCUUACCUCCUGUUUACAUCUUAGUGUUCAUCGUUGGUCUGAUAGCCAAUAGAUUGGGACUGAAGUCUCUGCAGCACAACUGGAAGAAGCUGGGUAACGUCAAUGUGUUUGUUCUCAACCUUGGACUUACGGAUAUUUUGUACCUGCUCACACUCCCAUUUUUGGUGGUGUACUACUUCAUGGGGAGUAAAUGGAUCUUUGGAGAAACGUUCUGCAAGAUAACAAGAUUCUGCUUCAAUGUGAAUCUAUACGGCAGCAUUGGAUUCCUGACUUGUAUAAGUGUGUACAGAUACCUGGCCAUUGUUCAUCCAAUGAGAGCGAUGGGAAGAAUAACUGUCACCCGUUCUGUGAUUCUUUCGGUCACAGUCUGGCUGUUGGUGAGUGUUCAAAGUCUUCCAGACAUGUUCUUCACCAAAACAUACAGAAACCUUACUGGAAAAUGCUACGAUACCACGGAUAACGACCAUGUUGAGGAGUACCUGAAAUACAGUCUUGGAUGGACCCUCACUGGGUUUUGUAUCCCGUUACUCAUCACACUGGGCUGCUACGGACACGUGGCUGUAGUUUUAUUGACACUGAAGAGAACUGACAAAGUACUGAAACAGAGAAGCUUGAAGUUGUUGCUCAUCUUGAUUCUUCUCUUCUCUGUCUGUUACAUCCCCUAUCAUGUACUUCGAAACCUCAACCUCUGGUCAAGAGUUCUUACCAAACAGAGGAUAUGCCAUGAAUGGAAUAACAGAGUCUUCGUUGCGCAUCAGAUAAGUCGGGGCCUUGUGUGUCUGAACAGUGCUCUCAACCCUCUGGUUUACCUCCAUGCACAUGAAGAUGUUACUGCUCGACUCAGACAGCAGCUCCAGCAGGUUCGUCUGUCUUUCCACCGUUUGUGUGACUCUGGCCAUGUGCCUGUGUCACAAACUGCAGAUGAAAGAUUAUAGUUAAUACUGUAAUAUCAACUUUUUAGUUACAAAUAUCUAAAACCACAGCUACUUAAUACCGUGAUGCAGCUGUCUAUCACAUCUUUUAGUGUAAAAUGACUAAAGUGUGGAUUAAUUGUUAGUCAUUCUUUGAAGUAUUUUAUUUUUUUUGCUGGAAUAAUGCUUUUGCUGUACUGGAUGAUGUUUGUUUUUUUAUUCUUUUAUCAUUCAGUGACAAAAUGCUUUAAAUAAACAGAAAACUCAGAAGAUGAUGCAUUGAUGAUGAUGUGUCUCUUUUAGAACAGGUCUCUCAGACAUCGCCAGACCAGAAAAGAAUCACAAGCGGUUGUUUAUCCAGUUUAAACCUUAUUUCAAAGAUGUGAACAGAAUCAAGUUGAAUUUGGGAAAUUUCAGACACAUCAGGAAUUAUUUAACUACGGAGGCCUCAAAGUUGUACGUCAAUGCUGUGAUUCUCUCACACAUGAACUAUUCCUUAUCAGCUACACACAGAUGGGUACGAUUACAUUAGGAUCAAUACAGACACCUUUAUAAACAAAAUCUGAAUUCAUCUACCAGAAAGAUAGUUGAUGGUCAAACACUGAUGCUUUUUACUGGUGGCAGGUGGACUGAAAGAUCAACUUUCUGUAUCCAGAAUUGCUUUAAAAAGUUGCAUCAUGUUGCUUUAAUCCUCGUGAAAUUUCUUUCUGCUCUUUGCCUCUGAAUAAACAUUUGACAUGUGACUUGUCUUAUCUAAAUCUGACCUGUGACAUUUUGCUC